AUGAAGACUCUGACUGUGACUGCACUUCUCUGUGCCGUGAUGGCGCUGACCACCGCUGUUAGUGUGCCUCUUGUCAUUGGGAGCUCAACAUGUUGUCCUGAUGGUUGGAGAAUGAUCAAUGGUCGCUGUUUCCUCUUCGUCCGACGAGCCAUGAGCUGGGCUCACGCUGAGAGAAACUGCCUGUCCAUGGGUGCAAACCUUGCCUCUGUACAUGGAGCUCUGGAGCAGGAUGAGAUUCAAAGGAUGGUCAGAGAUGUAACUCAUGGACAUCCAGACACGUGGAUCGGAGGAUCUGAUGCUGAAAUGGAGGGUGUUUGGCUCUGGAGUGAUGGUACCCCUUACACAUUUACCAACUGGUGCAGAGGAGAGCCGAAUAACCUGGGCAAGGAGCACUGUGCAGAGUUGAAUUUUCGAGGCAAAAAAUGCUGGAAUGACAGGAGGUGUAACCACAACAUCGCGUCUGUCUGUGCCAAGAACAUCUGAAGACUCCUGGUGUAACACAGAAGCAUGCAGUCCCUGCAAAAAGCACAAAUGAUGGCGGAUGUGUGUUUGUGUGUGUUUGCAAACUCGUCUCUCUUCAUGCCGUCAGUCUCAAAUGUAACCUGAAGGCUCUUAUAUCUGAUUUCAUAUCUUUAUUUUUCUUUUCUAUCGCUGUAACGCUACUCAAGGAAUGAAGCGACAUGUAAAGUAAAGAGAAGCUGGAUGGUGUCUGAGGCCUCGUGCCUUUAAUCAGAGCACACUGAAUGUGUUGUGGAAAGAAUGCUUUUAGCUCAACCUUACAUAUAUUGUGAACUGUUCUUUCUUUACUCCUGCAAAAUUAAAGUCUCAAGCAUUG